AUGGCUCGUAACGAGGAGAAAGCGCAGUCCUUGCUGAACCGCUUCACCACGAUGAAGCAGGAGGAGAAGAGCAAGCCCCGCGAGCGCCGGCCGUACCUCGCCUCCCAGUGCCGGGACCUCGCCGACGCCGACCGCUGGCGUGGUGAGGUCCUGCGCGAGAUCGGCGUCAGGUUGGCCGAGAUCCAGAACGAGGGACUCGGGGAGCACCGCCUCCGAGAUCUCAACGACCAGAUCAACAAGCUUCUCCGCGAGCGCAGCCACUGGGAGCGCCGCAUCCUCGAGCUCGGAGGCCACGACUACUCUCGGAGCUCCGACGCCGCCCUGAUGACCGACCUCGACGGCAACAUCGUCGCCAUCCCCAACCCCUCGGGCCGUGGACCGGGCUACCACUACUUUGGCGCUGCCAAGAAGCUCCCCGGCGUCCGUGAGCUAUUUGACAAGCCACUUGACGUCCGCAAGCGCGGCACCCGCUACGGGAUUCACAAGCGCAUCAAUGCCGGGUACUGCAGAUACUAUUACUAUGACGACGAGGACGGUGCGCUUGAACCCCAUGAGGCUGCUGCUGAGAAGCGCAUGCGGCACGAGGUUGUCACGGAGUGGCAUCGUGUGGCGCGGGAGGCCAUGAAGAAUGUGGCGAGUGGCGAGGUGGCGGCUGCAGCAGGUGGGAGUGGUGGGGAGGCUGCUACUGCUAGAGAGGUGCUGUUCGAGGAGGUGGAGGAGGAGGUUGAGGAGGAGAUUGAGCGAACGGUGCUAGAGAAGAAGGAGGAGCUGCUGAGCAAGUACACAAGUGAUGCCGUGCAAGGCGAUCGAGCUGAUGGAGGCCAAGGAGAUAUGCUCAACGUGCAACGCUAG